CUUUGCAAUGCAUAAGCAGGAUCAAUUCUCCCCUCCAACCCCCUCCAAAAAAAAAAAAAGAAAAAAAGACCCCAAAAAGCAGCCACAGCAAAAGAAAAGGAAAAAUAUCGAAAAUGGGCAUCACGAUCCGCCCCGCCACGGAACUCGACACCCUCUCACUCGGCCAAAUCAACAUCGCCAGUUUCCGGCACCAACCCUUCUGGGGCAACCUCUUCCCCAACAUCCCGGACACGGAGGCGGGAACUCUCCCCCUAAAAACCGCCCGAUGUCUCGAUAAACUCGUCGCGCCGAAUGUGCAUGUUUUGGCAGCUGUGGAUGAUAUCUCGGGCCGGGUGGUAGGGUAUGCGCGGUGGAUGGUUCCAGCUGACGAGAACGGAGAUGGGAAGAGUGCAGUGGAAUUGAAAGAACAGGCGAAUGUGGAGUUAUUAAACCGACAUAAAGCGGGGAACACGUUUCCCGUGGGAACGAGAAUGGAUUUAUAUCAUGCGUUUCAGGAGUUAUUGAAGGAUGUAGAGGGGCGGUUGGUAAGGGAGGGUGAUUUCGUCCUGGAACUCCUCGCCACACACCCAGAAGCCCAAGGCAGAGGCGUCGGAACGGCAUUAUUAAACUGGGGCCUUGAACGGGCGAAUAAGCGAAAUGCGAGGGUGUAUUUGGAGGCUACAGAGGAUGGAUAUCCGCUGUAUUGGAAGUAUGGGUGGCGGGAUGUGGAGGUGAUUGAGAUUGAUUUUACGAGGUUUGGGGGAGAGGGGAGGCAGCAGUGGACGGUUAUGGUGAGGGAGAGGGGGGGUGUUGUUGCUGCUGCUUAAGUGGUGGGAUGGGAUUAGGGCUACGUUGUUGGUUUUAUGGGCGGGAUUUGAGAUAUAGAUGAAUGUUGGGUAGAUGUGUUGUAUACUCUUUAGGGCUAUUACAACAUAUAUGCAUUUUGUCAUAUGUUGGAAAGAGAAGUCAACGUGACAAAUAUAUUCUGG